UAUUGGGUCGAGAUCUCGGUGCACUGGGUACACAUUCAACCGCUCAGGUAUCGUUGGUACCAGCAGCCUGGUCCAUCGACGCAUUUUUGCGUGGCCCAAUUGGGAUAUUGUACGGGUCGCUUCAUCAGCUCAGUAGCAUCCUCCAUCCUGUUCUGCUUUACUCAAGCAACCUCACCCUUUACCCACCGGCUUUUCGUCCCUUUAUCUUUGUAGAUGAUACCUGGUAAACGAAAAACUGCAAUAAUGUACCUCUCGGUGGCAAUAGUUGGACUAAUGCUGCAUUCGGUUGCUUCGCAGAACGCUGGGUUUGUCAAAUCGCCCCUAUCUGAAACUAAGCUGACGGGAGACACCUUUGAGCUGUACUGUGACGUGGUGGGGAACCCCACCCCGGAGAUCCAGUGGUGGUAUGCAGAGAUCAACAGGGCUGACUCCUUCAGGCAGCUGUGGGAUGGCGCCCGUAAGCGCCGGGUGUCCAUUAAUACGGCCUAUGGCGCCAAUGCGGUGAGCGUGCUGGGAGUCACGCGGCUCUUGCUAGAAGACGCCGGAACCUAUGAGUGCCGAGCCAGCAACGACCCCAGGAGAAACGACCUGCACCAAAAUCCAGCCACUACAUGGAUUCGUGCUCAGGCCACCAUUACUGUGCUGCAGAACCCAUCCAUCAGCGGAUCCGACGCCGUCACACUCCCCAUGGACUCUCACAGCCCCCCCUUCACCCUUCAGUGCAACCUGACCAGCUCCCAGUACCCCCACCAGCAGAGCUACUGGAUGAAAAACGGAGAGGAGAUUGCGGAGACCCGCAGCGACUUAAAAGACACUGAAUACAGGCUGAACAAACCAAGAGGAGAUGACGCAGGGGAGUAUAUGUGUGUUUUCACCUUCGCCAUCGGUCCCCCCGCCAAUUUAUCCAUUGAGGUUCGAGCUGCCCCUGACAUCAUAGGCCACAAACGAAGCGAGAACAAAAACGAGGGCCAGCGAGCUGUCCUCCACUGCAAGGCUGUGGGUUACCCCUACCCCAUCUGGUCCUGGCGCAAACUGGACAACGGUGUCUACAUGGAUAUUGAUAACUCCUCUGGACGUUUUUUCAUCAACAACAAAGACAACUACACUGAACUGAGCAUUGUCAACCUGGAUAUUGGGAAGGACCCAGGAGACUACCAGUGCAAUGCCACAAAUAUGAUCGGCACCUCCUCCAUGAUCUCUGUCCUCCGAGUUCGCAGCUACCUGGCACCUCUCUGGCCUCUGCUGGGGGUUUUGGCAGAGGUUCUCCUUCUGGUGAUCAUCAUUGUGGUGUACGAGAAACGCAAGAAGCCUGACGAUAUGCAAGACGAUGAUGAACCAGCUGGACCAAUGAAAACUAAUUCCACCAACAACCACAAAGACAAAAACCUGCGCCAGAGGAAUACAAACUGAACAGAUUGUCAACUAAAUAGAAACAUAUUCUCGAUGUAUUGACCAUAUGAAGGUAAACAAGGCGUCGAUUCAUAGCAAUUGUUCAUAAACAUGUAUCUGCCAUUAAGUAUGGAUGAAGAGGAGCCUACUGGCUAUAAUGUAUGGGGCAUGCCUUAUGAUUUUAUUGUUUAAGGUUCAUGGACCCAGAGCGGCCCAUUCCUUAGAGAGUUGUUACCAUUAUAACCACUGUUGCUGCAUGUCGUUGUGUAUGAUUUUGUCCCAAUUAUCAGAUUAUUAUAUUUUGACUGAUUCCAGAGGAGCAUGCAAGAUAUUAACCUUCUGUUUUUUACAGAAAUGGCUUUUUGGUUUGUUCAUUUGAGAGUGGCUUUACGUAGAUCAACAUUUGUGUUCUAGGAGCAUCAUUGACUUUGCAAUGUAAAAGAAAAUGACACCAGAUAUGGUAUGACAAUUUUGUACAGUUUCUCAUUCCGCUGUAUACUAUUUUAUAAGUUGGUACUUGUUUAACAUUUUUAGGGCUUUGCAAUGUCCCACUGAAUUUGACAGAGGUAUAAUUUAAUGGUACUUGUAUGUAUUUAUGUAUCAAGAUCACCUAAUAUAACUAAACAUGUUGUAAUAUGAAGGCUAUUCAUACUGUGUGAUACAUUUAAAAGUUGGAAAUAAUGGAGAAUAUGUACAAACUUCAUUCAGUAAAUGUACUCUGAUCCUUUAAACAUAUUGAUUUAGAUUUUAAGUAUGCAUAUUGUAUAGCAUGGCUAUUCUAUCCUAUGCAAUUAUUAUCCAUAUUGACAUGUAUUGAAAACUUAUAAUAGCUUUUGAGUUCUCUCUGUAAUAAAGCUUUAAAAUAGUUGUCACUGUUAGAGCUUCAACAUAGCUAUGACACAACUGCAUGGGUUCUUUAUAGCUAAAGUGGGAAAAAGUGCAAGAGGGCCUAUGUCAGGUUUGAAACUUGUCAAGCAAUCCCCAAAUCCUUAUUAAUUUUU